GAGGCUGAUCCUUCCUCUUUGCUCUCCAUCGGCGAACCAACAUGGCGGUGGGAAAAAACAAGCGACUCACCAAGGGAAAGAAGGGCGUUAAGAAGAAGAUUGUCGACCCCUUCUCCAAGAAGGAUUGGUACGACGUCAAAGCGCCAUCUAUGUUCAACAUUCGCUCGAUCGGAAAAACUGUUGUCACCAGAACCACUGGAACAA